GGGUACGGAAUCGGCCGAUUUGAGACGAUGAGAACACGGUAUUUUUAUGAAGCAGUCUUCUACUGAUUAGUAAAGAAGUCAUGUAUACAAAAAUGAUUUUUCAAUUGUUCCUCAUACUUGGUGUUUUCAAUUUGGUGAAAUGUCACGCGGGAUUUGAUUGUUACUGCAACCUGAACCACCCUGAAGCCCUGAUAUUUAACUGUCCAAAUGGACAAGGAUUUCCGAUAGCAGCCUUACGGUUACCAAUGCAUGAUAUCAUAUACAGGGAUGUAGAUUUACAGUCGCCAUUUUGUGUGCCUUUACUGGUCAACAUACAACCACAAGGAACAUGGGUUCCAGUUUAUACCAAGGGCAAGCUUGGUUAUUUGAAUAAAGAUGCUGGUUUUACACAAAUGAAAUGUCCUGGAAUGUUGACUUUUAGUCCAAAUUCACUAAUGAAGUCUCCUAUAUGUCAACACCACAUAAUUAACACUCCAGGAUUGAGCGUGACUGGUAACCAGAAUGGUGGUCCCGUUACCAUACCAACCACAACUACAUCUAGUCCUCCAAAAACCAGCUGGAUUAAAAUUCCUAAUCAGCCGAGAACACCUCGACCAACUCAACCAGCUCCAUCCACAACAAAGUUACAAUGGAUCAAAAUAACAUAUCCACAUAGACCUACACCAGUCUGGCAACACGUUGGAGGGAAGGGCAAUAGUAAUGCAAGGUGUUAUGGGCCUGACGUUGAAAACGACGUCCAGAAGAAGCAGUCAAUAUUUUAUCAUCUGUCUCGCUCCUGCUCGUCAAAUGGUGUAGCGGCUGAUGAAGUCACUGCAGCUAAAUAUUGUUCUGCUCCAGAGCCUAAGAACUGGAUACCUGGGAAACAGAUAUAUAGCAACUGUAAAUCAAUUCCAAAGUACACACCCAUCUCUACGUUUACAACUGGUACAGCCAACGGUGACGGAACAGCUAUCUUCUUAGAGUGUACACAAAAGGGAACACUUAUGGUUGUUAGGCAGACAUGUAAAAGCAAAAUGUUGGAAUUAGUAGAAAUAAGUCCGACUCUAGAUUUGUUCGUUGUUGACUGGUAACGCCACUAUUUGCUAGGGUUACAUUCAAGACUGAAAGUGAAUUGAAUUGGA